CUCGUUGACUAAAUUGAGAUCAAUGAACGGCUAAGAUCCAAUCCAAGUAACAGCUAUUUCAUGGGUUAGAAGUGGCACCCACGAUGAACAUAACGUCAACUCUCAAUCCCCCCCUGUCACCAUUCGCCACAUAUCAUACAAGAAAGCAUUGAAACUUUUAAUCUAUAAAUAGGGCUUCCUAGUUUAAUUCAAAGAAGGAAAAUAGAAAACAUUCAAAGGCCAUAGGAAGAAAAAGACAGAAUAUGGGUUUUAGAUUGAAGCUUUGCUUCUUCAUUUUGUUUACGUUGGCCAUAUUUUCCUCAGCCCGUAACACCAUUUCACUUUCAGGGGUCGAGAUUGUGUUGGCCAUGGAGGGAAGGUCUCUAACGGCAAGCAUCGAGGAUUACGAUGAACCGACAGCGAAUUGUGGGCAUGAUCCUCCUUCUAGAGCUAGAGGUAGGGGCGGCAAUGGUUGUGGCCACAGAAGUCGAGGGGCUUAAUGAUACUUAUUUUUUCUAGAAGAAAUAUUUAAUGGCUGAUUAAAAUCUAAACAUAUGCCUAAUUAGUUUUACCUUGCUACUAAUUAUGUGCAUAAUUAAUUUUUGUUUAAUAAAUUUUAUAAUACGAAUAGAAAGAUAUAAAUUGACUACUGG